CUGAGUUCCUGCUUGGCAGUUGCUGCUGCCCCGCCUGAAGCACUCUUAAGUGAAUAUACUAUUCACAUGGUCUACGGAACAUGCGGUGACAAUUGCCAUCUCCGCAAAUACAGACCCAGCGGUUGAAUCCUUCAAGCCACAUCUCGAUAUCUCUAAAAUCCCAAAUAUUUACAAUGGUUCACCCCAAAGCUGAAAAGGCCCUCGAAGAGGCAAAGAAGCUAGUCGCCCAGCUCGAAUCAUACGAGGAUGAUCCAAUCAGCCACCAAAAUGUCCUCAAGCAGACGGAAGCAGUUCGCUCAGCUUUCCAGGAUCCCAUGGAUCAGAUGACACACCUAAUGGAGCAAUUCAGUCUCGGAUGCGCUUUCCAUACAAUUCUUGGAAUCCGGGCAUACCACGCCAUGCCCGAAGAUGGCAGUCCCAUCACCGCUGAGGAAUUGGCUCGCAUUACCAAUGUGGCUACUACUGUGAUUCAGCGCAUUUACCGUGUUGCUGUGAAUCAUGGUGUCUUUGUUGAGACGGCGCCUGAUACCUAUGCUCAUAAUGACCUUUCACGGAUUUUGAACCCUAGGGGGUUGGGUUCAUUCUUCAUGAUUGUGCUGGAGUUUAGUCGUGCUUGGAUACAUCUUCCUGAAUAUCUGAAGUCUCACAAGCCUGAAGAUGUUUUCGAUCUCACUAAAUCUCCUGCUGUUUACUCGGUUGGCAAGGAACAUCUUGGAAAGUCAUACUAUGAGCUGUUGGAGAUGGACCCUGAUCCUGAGCGACGCGAGCUCUGGAAUGCCAACAUGGUUGCUGUUGAUGAGUUGAUGCCUGUCGUUGGCAUGUUCCCGUUUGCAUCGCUCAAAGACGAGGUGGCUCAGGAUCCUGAACGACCUUUCUUGGUGGAUAUCGGUGCUGGCCGUGGUCAGUCGUGCAUCGCCAUCCGCAAAGACAUUGGUAAUGCCUUUGACGCGAAGUUUAUCCUACAGGACCUCCCUGGUGUCAUUGACUCGAUGGAUCCCAAGGGCUAUCCAGACUUUGAACUUAUGACUUACGAUGCCUUUACGCCGCAGCCUGUCAAGAACGCCCGUAUUUACUUCAUGCGCCGCUUCCUUCACGACUUCUAUACUCCAGUCUGUAUUGAAUUCGUCAAGAACACCGCAUCAGCCAUGGGACCCGAUUCCCGUCUGAUCAUAUGCGACCAGCUGAUUCCUGACAUGGUCGAAAAAUACAAGUUCACAGAUCUGUACUGGCUCGAUUUUGCACUUCUCGCCAUGACUGGCCAGGAGAAGAAGAAAGCCGAUUUCGAAGAGAUUUUUGAAGCUGCUGGUCUGGAGUUGGUCAAAAUUUACCCAUCUGCCUAUGGAUGUACUGCGAUGCUGGAGGCGAGGUUGAAGAAGCCUGAGUAGGUACUUUGGAGCUCGAUGGCAGGAGUAUGAUACUAAAAUUAGGUGGCUACUUUACUUCUAUGCUUUAUACUUAUACGGUGUUCUUAACUAGUUCAUUUGAUGUUAGCUGUGCAGCCCAGCUGUUGUGACGUUCAUGUCAGACAUGAAAGCUACGACUCCGUGAAGCUGUCAGCAACAAUGACGCAGUCAUUUUCAACAAAUAGGAAGUUUCUCGCUAUGGCUAGUAUGUUUC